AUGGCAACAGCCAAUCGUUUUCAAACUCGUGUUUUAGUUCCAGACAAAAGUUCGUUGACGCCGACUGAACUUCGUCUGAAUUUGUUAUUAGCACAAGCACAGACAUAUCAUCAAUCGUUAAAUGAUCUUCAAGCAAACGAAUACGAGAAUUAUCGACAACGCGAAUCGCAGCUGGAUGUUUGGGCAUCGAAAAUGUUCGAGAAAAUCGAUCAGUUAUAUCAAACAUGUUUUAACGAAUUGAAACAAUCGUCGGAGCAAUUGAAGUUAUUUCAACAAAUUAUGAUGAAACUUUUGAAUAUUGAAAAUGAAAAUUAUCUCGACGCGAAGAAACUAUCGGCGAUUGGACAUGAAAUUUGUAUUUUAAACUGUUUAACAUAUCAACUCGAUAUGAGCAAAGUGAAGAUCGAAGGAAAGUUAAAAUUGAGAAAAGAAGUUGAACAUGGUUUAUGUGAAGUUGCUGUUGAUGAUGACGAUGAUAAUGAUCAAGAAUUGAAUGAAGAAAAUGAAGUGACGGAAAAGAAAGAAAAAAAAGAUUUUCAUUGUCGGAUUUUGAUUCAAAAAGAAAACAUCGAAAAACUUCAAAAUCUACCUCUUUUUCAAGAAUUUGUGCAAGUGACAACAAAUACCAUUAAUGAAACAACGCCCGAAAGAGUGUUGACUAUCACCGGUUCUCAGCAGUUACAAGUUAUCGAAAAUCUUCUUUCAACAUUAUACUCUUCUUCAUUGAUUCCAUGUGAAAUACGAAUUCUUCUUCACAUUUCCUACGCACCAUUGAUCCUUGGCAAAUUAGGCGAUCGAUCGAAGAUUUUACGUGAAAAAUAUGCUUUACACACAUUAACUAUUCAUCCAACGUGCGCACCACUUUCAACCGAACGUGUUCUUCUUAUCCAAAGUUCAUCCUGUGAAAAGAUAAUGGCUUGUCUACAAGAAAUAUUCGCAAGUAUUAACGAACACGUCUACGAUGGCGAUGAUCUUCUACUUUACAACGAAGUUAAUUACGAUGCUUCGCUUGCUCACGAAUAUGGAGGAUUUGCUUCAACAGAGACAAUCUUACGUUCAAUGAAUCCUCAUCACGAACAGAAUGAUAAAUUUGAUAAUGAAAAUGAAAGUAUUCGACGUUAUUCAGCAUUCGACGCGUGGAAUGGUUCAGUUGAAGCUGAUACGGAACACGAAUUUUCCGUGGUGAAACUCAGCGAUGACUCAAUUAUGCGAGAAUUUUGGAUCAAUCACGGUGAAUUCGGCGCUUUACUUGGUCCUCAUGGUGUUCGCAUUGCUCAAAUUCGUUCUCAAUGUCGAACAGUUCGUAUUCAUACAGUGGCGGGUUCAUCCAUUGAUACAUGUUCAGUGAAAGUGAUUGGACCACGAGCUGAUGUGAAUCGUGCUGUAAAUUUAAUAAUUCAAUCAAUAAAAGAACAUGAUCGAAAAUUUCCAUUUAAACCUCAUCGUUUUAGUGGUCGAUUGAGAUGA